CGACCAACACCUUCUAUGCGAUCAUUUAAGCAAUGAGUCGCUUCUGGUGGAUUUUCUCUUUUCUCCCUUCACAUAUUUCCCGUUCACCACUGACCUCACAAACAGGAACACCCAACGUGAUAACAAUGCCUGCCGACCUUGUCGACGUUCUCAUCAUUGGCGGCGGCCCCGCUGGCCUAACAGCAGCCCUCACUCUUGCACGACAAUUACACACAGCGAUCCUCUUCGAUAAUCAGUCCUACCGCAACGGCAAUUCCUCCUUUAUGCACAUGAUCCCAACAUGGGACCACAAAGAUCCUGCUCAAUUCCGAGAGAAGGCUCGCCAGGAGAUCCUCUCGAACUAUUCUACCAUUCGCCUGGAGAAUGCAACUGUCGCAAAGGCGGAGAAGAAAGACGACGGUCUUUUCAAAGUAACAGAUGAGAAUGGGAGUUCUUGGGAAGGAAGGAAAUUGAUCCUUGCCACUGGAUCCCAGGACAUUUUCCCACCCAUUCCCGGCUAUGCUGAUGCCUGGGGAAAGCGCAUCUUCCACUGUCUCUUCUGCAAAGGAUACGAGGAUCGCAGUGCAAAGCGAGCAGGCGUUCUAGCCAUCCAGUCCGCCGCAAAUGUGCCGAUGGCGAUGCAUCAGGCGGAAAAUGCUGCCCAGCUGGCCGAGCAGGUUACCAUCUAUACGAAUGGACAAGAGGCCCUUAACUCCCAGUUGGCUGCUACCUUAGUCGAUAAGGGCAGCACAACAGUGUUCAAGGUCGACAAUCGUGAAAUAACCGGUGUGUCGCUCAAUGGGGACGAUCUGAGUAAUCCAGUCUCUGUUCAGGUCCAGCUUGCCGAUGGUAGCCAGGUCGAAGAAGCUUUUCUCGUUCAUAACCCUGACACGCAGGUCAAGAGCGCCCUCGCUACUCAGUUGGGUCUGGACCUCGCACCUAGUUUUGUUCCCGGUACGGGCGAUAUAGCUGCCGCAGCCCCUUUCUAUCAGACCAGCAUCCGGGGCGUGUUUGCUGCGGGCGACUGUAUGACUCCGUACAAGGUGGUUGCGGGCGCCAUUUCUAGUGGAUGCAAUGCGGCUGUUGCGGCUUCAGCGCAGCUGCUCGCGGAGAAGCAUGGCCACCAGCCGCUUUUCUAAUUCUAACGUUUGGUGACGAUUCUAGAUGAUAUGAGGGCUAUACUAUCCUGGUCAGAUGUGACAAGACGAGGAAGGUUAUGGGAAGCGGAACAACUGUAAAUUCUAUACAAAAAUUGCACAUAGGUCCAGAACCUGUAGAAAAGGCUAAUUGGUUUGAAAGGCAUGUAGACAGCUAAACACCGAUUGUCCAGGAUGGUGGAUUACACAGCCUCAGCCUACACAAAAUGGCGAGGGAGGCUUUGCAAGGACACUUCCAUGAGACAUAGCAAUGAAAAAUAUGGCAAUGAUAGGAAGGAAGGCGCUGCAAACAAGCUUGUUUAGGACCCGUGGUUCCAUC